AAAUCAAACAAACACCGAACCUAGCCAUAGACUCCACUCUACCACCAUAUAUUAUUAUUUAUUUAAUGACUUAUUCAGAGAGCGUAAAAGUGACCCGUAAAGAAGUUGAAUAUUAAGUGACGGAGGACUCUGCUGGCUGUUGUGUGGGAGAAACGCUUCAGGAGAAGAUCUCCUCCACAUGAUCAUCUGAAUCACUUCUCGGUGAUUAUUUAAGGGAUGUCCAUGCCCAAGCUGGUGGUGUUCGACCUCGACUUUACUCUGUGGCCCUUCUGGGUGGACACACACGUCGACCCGCCCUUCCACCAAGACAAGAAUGGGGUGGUCUGGGACUCCAGUGACGAGAGAAUCUCCCUCUAUGACGACACGGAGCCGGUCCUGAAGUCCGUCCACAGCCAGGGCAUGCAGAUUGCCAUCGCCUCCCGAACUGGAGAGGUACACGGGGCGAACCAGCUCCUCACGUUCUUCCAUCUCAACCAGUACAUCUCCGAGUUCAAGGAGAUCUACCCCGGCUCCAAACUCACGCACUUCAAAAAGCUCCAUGACGACAGCCAGGUGGAGUACGCAGACAUGAUGUUCUUCGACGACGAGCCCAGGAACAUCUCGGAGGUCGGAGGCCUAGGUGUCCACUGUGUGCUGGUGAGAGACGGAGUCACCCUGAAGAUAGUGGACGAAGAACUGCAGAAGUUCUCCUCGAGGAGACAGCCCUCAUAGAGCCGUGUGUGUGUGUACUACAUGUUUACACACACACAGCCCUCAUAGAGCUGUAUGUGUGUGUGUGUGUGUGUGUGUGUGUGUGUUGGCUAAAUGUGUACGCACAGACAGACAUCAUAGAGAUGCUGUCUGUGUGCGUGUACUACAUAUGUCGGUACACACACACUAAGACAGCCCUCAUAGAGCUGUGUGUCUGUGUGUACUACUUGUGUACACACUGAAAGCCCUUGUAGAGUUGCUAUGUGCGUGUGCAUUCGGAAGCAUCUUUUUUUUAUGAUAAAACUGUAGUAGCCUUAAUAAGAAGUUUAUCUGACCCAUUCAUUCAUUCAAAGCCAUAGGCUGUCUGGCUGUGUGGUUGUAAUUCGCAUUCUCUGCAUGUAGAGGGCGCUGCCGUCCCGUCUAUCCUGUGGUAUUAUUGACACCAACGUGCUGCUCUGUGUGAUUGGAAUGGUCGGAGAUCAAUAAACAGCUGUGUCAUUUCAUUUUUAAUCACGUGUUCUUGACGUUUUUGUAAGUGACAUUGUGCAUGGUUAAAGAUACGCUUUCCUUUGGGUUGUGCGGGUUUAAAGACUCUCCCCUCUCUGAAAUGUCUCUCAAUUUAUUCCCUUCAUCCGUCUAAUUAGUGCCUGAAAUUAACGACUCUCCGUUCGGGGAGAGUUUGGAUUGCAUGGAAGAGUAAAAGGCUAUCAGAGCUGCGGUGGGCCAUUCAUUCACAAUGACUUUAAUAAGUUCAUCAAUUAUUUUAAUAACAACCUGGACUGCGUUAAAAUAUAAUGGGGUUUUGAUAUGGCUAUAGAAAUAAA